CAAAAUUACUAGUUUGGGUAAAUCUAGGGUGAGGGUUUUUUAAACUCCCCACUCCCUGACCCGCAUGACUACCCUCAGUCCUGUCCUGGCCACGUUAAACGCAGAUUCCAAUGUGUGCCGCAAUCCACACAGGGCUGGUUCACAACUCUGCGCCAGCAUCUCGCGUGGAGGAGAAAACUAUAAUUAUCCGCCUAGUCUGGGGCAGGCCCUUCAAUGACAUCUCUCCAGUUACCCUGUGCUCUAACAGCACGGUUCAGAUUCCUGGUCCCAGACGUUUGCUGCAGCUGGCUCCCAGCACCUGCAGGAGCAUUUUGAAAACAAAGCAGAAGCCACAGAAUCAGCGGUGAGCCUGUUGAAACAACCCACACGUGUAUUUUUCAAAGCACUCUGGGUGGAAAUUGGAUGUGAAAAUGAAGCCAGACCGAGUUGCCUAAACACAGCAGAAUUCAUAAGAGGAGCAAAGAAAACAUGACACUGCCACCAAUAUACUGGAAGCUGUAGUGGACCUAGGGAGCUGGGGAGGCUGAGCACACCCUCUGUCCAAUCGGCUGUAAGUGCUGUUGCUAUGUGCGCUCUUACUCUGCUGCCUUUGUGAAAAACCUUACAGAGGGAAGCAGAAAAAGCACCCAACAUUUGUUUUAACCAUUGCAGACAUCUGGAUCCCUCAGUUACUACCAGUGUAGCUACUGACAGCCAGAAAGCAACUUCUUUUAUGCAAGGAGUCCAGUAUGAUUUUCAGUGGAAACAACGGGCUUCACAGAGAAGAUACUCUAGAUGAAUAUUUUGAAUAUGAUGCAGAGGAGUUCUUGGUCUCUUUGGCCUUGCUAAUCACAGAAGGUCGAACGCCUGAGUGUUCUGUAAAAGGUCGAGUGGAAAGUUUUCAUUGCCCUCCAGCACAGUCCUGUUACCCAGUAGCAACCAGGCAUGAAUGCAGUGACAAGCUGGCCCAGUGUCGCCAAGCCAGACGAACCAGGUCUGAGGUCACGUUGUUGUGGAAGAAUAAUCUUCCAAUCAUGGUGGAAGUGAUGCUACUACCAGACUGCUGCUACAGUGAUGAUGGGCCCACCACAGAAGGAAUGGAUCUAAAUGAUCCUGCAAUUAAGCAAGAUGCAUUAUUAUUGGAGAGAUGGAUCUUAGAGCCAGUUCCCCGACAGAAUGGUGAUAGGUUUAUCGAAGAGAAGACGCUUCUGUUGGCUGUCCGCUCAUUUGUGUUUUUUUCUCAGUUAAGUGCUUGGCUGAGUGUUUCUCAUGGUGCUAUUCCACGAAAUAUUCUUUACAGAAUCAGUGCUGCUGAUGUAGACUUACAGUGGAAUUUUUCCCAGACUCCAAUUGAACAUGUGUUUCCUGUUCCCAAUGUUUCUCACAACGUGGCCUUGAAAGUCAGCGUUCACUCCUUGCCCAGACAAUCUAAUUACCCAAUUUUGACCUGUAGUAUUCAUGCUAAUAUUGGCCUUUAUGAGAAAAGAAUUCAAGAACAUGAACUUAAAAUCUAUCAACGCUGCAAUUCCAAUGAAGUAGAACAACGUACAAACAGUUCACAGUGUCUGUGUAGCAAACAAACUUGGACCAUGGCACCCAAAAAUGUGUUACAUGCGAAAAAUGGCGCAAUUCCAGAAUAUACUAUAGCACACAAAAAUGUCAAACUAUAUCCAGGCACUGGCAGUAAAUCUGACUAUGGAGCAUCUCAAGCUAAUAUUCUGGGCUUCAGUGGUAUGGAAGAUGUAAAGUCACACGAAACAUCAGUGAGAACUUUAAAACCAUUUUCAUUGAUUGAUCCCAGUGUUCUGAGCCACCAGAGUUCCUGGCAGCCAGUUGGUGAGACUAAUCCCUUAACAGGCUCUUUAAUUCAGGAGCGAAAAGAUGUUAUUGCAAGAAUUGCUCAGCAUUUGAUUUAUUGUGACCCAAGUGCUUCACGUGUUUCUGGACAUCCGUUUAAUACACAAGAGUCUAGUUCACUUACUUCAAAACUUUUCUGGGUUUCACAAGAAAAUGAAAAUGUGAGGAAAUGUAAGGAAACUUUCUCCAUUUCUUUUGGUAGUCCAGAGUUUACCUCCCCAGAAGACACCAGUGAGGGGAAAAUUCAAGUAAAACCAGAAACUCCUCGAAGUGAAACUUGCAUGUCUAAUGGUCUUUAUUCUCGUCAGUCCACUGGUGAGACUAAUCCUUUGAUAGGCUCCUUACUCCAGGAGCGACAAGAUGUUAUUGCAAGGAUUGCUCAACACUUAGAACACAUUGAUUCAAGCGCAUCGCAUAUCCCCCAGCAGUCAUUCAGCAUGCAUGACUCCAGAUUGGCUCCUUCUAAAGUGUGUAGGAGUUCAUAUGAAGACAAAGAUUUACUGAAGAAAAACAAGGAUAAAGUCUCAGCUUCCAUUUCUAACCCAAAAUUUUAUUUGUUAGAAGACAGCAGUGAAGGAAAAAACCUAAUACCUGAUAAAUCUUUUAGUUCUUUUAAAUACAAUAGUAAAUUGAAAUCCUCUUUGAAACCUCAAAUAAGAAGAAAUCAGUACCAGGAAAUUCCUAGUGAAAUCAUCCAAAGUACAUUUCAGGAAACACAUAAUAAAGCUACUAAUUUAUUGACUCCCUCAAAUAUGUCUCCUUGCAAAGAAAAUAACUUAGAUUUGACAAGUAGGUUGGAAAAUAUACUUUCUGGGUAUCAAUUUAAGGAGCAAGAAAUCAGCCAUGGAAUUGAUAAACAGUAUUUAAAUUGCAACAGUAUUGACAAACAGCUUUGCAUGAAUAAAUACAAGAAAAAAAUAAUAAAAAAUGAAAAUUGUAAUCCAGAAUCUUUAAACACUCACCAAAUUCACUCUAAAGUAAAUGUCACUGCGCUGGAAAUGUCAGAAUACCUGCACAAACAUGAUAAUAAGUGCUCAAAUGAAGACUCAAAAAGGCCUAAGGCAUGUGAGAAAAAUACUCAACUUAAUCGUAUAAAAAAUUAUUGCAAUAAAGAUAAUGCAGGUUUCAAAUGCAAAAAGGCCGACCAGUUAAAAAAUGAACAGGAUAAGAAUGAAGACUCAAUUGAUGAAAAAUCUCGAAACGUUUCUCAGAGAAAAGGUAUAAAAGACUGUUUGUCUACAUAUGAACAACUGAAAAAUGUGGAGGCACUGCAGAGGACUAUACCACUGAAACACUCAAGUGUCUGGCAAAAACAUAAUUUUCGUUCCUUGGAUGGAACUUCAACCAGGGCCUUCCAUCCUCAAACUGGAUUGCCUCUUCUUUCAAGUCCUGUUCCUCAAAGAAAAAUACAGUCAGGUUGCUUUGACCUGGAUUCAUCAUUACUGCAUCUGAAAAGCUUAUCUUCUAGAAGUCCUCAACCAUGUUUGAACAUUGAAGAUGAUCCAGAUAUUCAUGAAAAACCAUUUCUGAGUUCUAGUGCUCCACCUGUAACAAGUCUUAGUCUCCUAGGAAAUUUUGAGGAAUCGGUCUUGAACUAUCGUUUAGAUCCUCUCGGCACUGUUGAUGGUUUUACUGCUGAAGUAGGGGCAAGUGGUGUUUUCUGCCCUACACAUUUGACUCUUCCAGUUGAAGUGUCAUUCUACAGUGUUUCAGAUGAUAAUGCUCCCUCUCCUUAUAUGGGUGUGAUUACUUUAGAGUCCCUUGGUAAAAGGGGUUAUCGAGUACCUCCUUCAGGAACAAUACAAGUGACCUUAUUCAACCCUAAUAAGACUGUGGUGAAGAUGUUUGUUGUGAUAUAUGACUUACGAGAUAUGCCAGCCAAUCAUCAGACAUUCCUACGACAAAGAACUUUUUCUGUACCUGUUAAACAAGAAAUGAAGAGAAGUGUUAAUAAAGAGAACAUCCAGCAUGCAGAAGAACGGUUAUUACGCUACCUCAUUCACCUGAGGUUCCAGAGUUCUAAAUCUGGAAAGAUCUACCUCCAUAGAGAUGUACGGCUCCUGUUCUCUAGAAAGUCAAUGGAAGUUGAUAGCGGUGCUGCAUAUGAACUCAAAUCUUACACUGAAUCGCCAACAAACCCUCAGUUUUCACCACGAUGUUAAUAAGGAGUGACAAUUUAAAAGUAUUUGCUCAGUACCCAAGUUUGAAAGUAAAAAUUAGCAUAGAACGGAGUAUACCAAAUUUAACAUUUCCUGUUGUCCUGGACCAGUUUUUAUUAAAGGAUUUCUGGAAUGAGAUCCACAUAUUCUAAGUAGACUGGAAAAACUCAUGUCCUAAUCCUUUUUGUACUGUCAAAGCCACUUCAUUGGACAUGUUGCAAUAGCAAAACCCCCAGUUAGAUUAGCAUUUACACAUUUUAUUUCUCAGUUAUUUAAUAUUUAAUGUUUCCCUUAACAUACUCAAGUGAUGUUUGUCUCUAAUGUUCUAAUAUAGCACAAAUCCUAUGUAAAAUCAUACUAUGUAUUUUUGACAUGAAUGUUGAAAUCUGAAAUAUAUGCACAAGUCUUUAACUUCAUGUGAUAUGUUUUAAGUGCUGUUCAUUUAAGUUAUUAAAAGAAUGAAAUGUUCAGUUUCUUUAAGAUUAAUGCACUAUGCAAGCACGUGUACCUUCAUUGUUACGAGCUUUUGUUUCUACAAGAUCCCGUCUGGGUUACUGUCUCACAUAGUAGUCCUUUAGCAUGCUGUAUUGGCAGCACAAUGUGGACUAACUUGCUUCACCUUCUCCUUGCAAGUUCAAAUCAUCAUGCCUAUUUGUAUUCCUUCUAGGAUCCCUUUUCCCGAAAGCAGUUCUAUUUUUCCUUAAUCACUACUAUAGUGACUUUACAUUACGUUGCUGUGCCAUGCUAGAUAACUUUCUCAAAGUGUUAAAUGAAUAUGUACUUUGAAAACAAAUUAGUAUUUAUAUUGCAAAUAUAUACAAAAAACUAAGAAAUACGUAUUUGGCUUUUAUUUUUGGAUGAAACAUUUAAGUGAUUGGUUGACUCUCUGGUAGGCAUCAGUUAGUUUCCAUUCUGGCUCUACAGCUACUGUGGAGGGAGAAGAUGUCUUACGCCUUGUCCCAAUUAUCACUUCCUUAUGCAAAAGUCACAAUGGAAAGCAUCAGGAAACUAGGAAAACCACCAACUGUUAAAAGCCUUCCCUCAACCUCCAUGGAAAGAACAGGGUGGUUUUUGAUGUUUGCACUGGGACAGUGCGCAGCUGCAGAUCAUAUUUAGUAUACUGGGAAUGUUGGCACAAAGCUGAAAGUACAGGUUAGAAAAUCCAUACCACUCAGGUAGGCCAGACCCAGAAGACCUGGCAAUCUAGAACCAGUUAAGCAGUCUGGAAUUGGCAAGUGGGAAGGUCUUUAUUUUGAAACCCAGGUAAUGCGCAGACCACUUAAGAGAAUCUUGGCUGGGUGAUGAGUGUGGGGUUGCAGGCGGUAGGUUGGCAAGCAGAAGCCUCUUAUAAAUUUAUUUUAAAAUAACCAGGUAAAAGAGAAAAGGUAUUUAUAUCCCAUAAAACUAAAAAUAAAGUUUUCAGUGGCACAAAUUUAUAUUUAUUCUUAGCCUUCAGGCUAUAGUGGAAAGAAUGUGGGCCUGGGACCCAGAAGGCUUGGUUUAUAGUCUUAGCUCUAAUGGUGUCUGAUGGCACUGACUCCAGGAAUCCCCUAAACUUUCUAAGUCUGUGAGAAAAUGGGGUGGUAGUAUCAUUAAUGUGCCUUCUAUUCUUAAAUUCUGUCAUCUAAUACUUUAAAUAAGCAUUUCAAUACAUAUAUCUAAACUUCUUACACAUUUUGGCAGAAGUCAAUAUUGAAAUUGAUAAUUUUAUAUAAAAUUUGGAAAACACCAAAAAAUUAAAACAUCAAACUGAUUUUAUUAAAUUUUUCAUUGCUUUUUUGACCUCUCCAGUA